ACUACAACCCUUUACGAGAAGUCACUCACGCCGGGCUUGAGCAAACACAGCGGGCGCGAUCGAAACGGCGCCGUGUGUCUCUCUCGCACCUUCAGGUGCCACCAUGCGUGCGAGAGAGAGAGAGAGACAGAGGGAAGGCCCAGGACCUCAGACGCAGCCGCGACGGCGCACAUCGCAUUUACCGCUAAAGACAACUUUAUCGCGCCCCCUCCCCCUCCCCCCGGAUAUCUCCUAGGCUGGUGUAGUAGGCGAGACCCUCCGCAGUCGCCCUGUACCACGGCACGCAUGAUCACGCCGAACAGGUACGUCUAGGAAAGAAGAAGGAGGAGGAGGAAGAAAAUCCAGCUAUCCAGGGGGCCAAACUAUUCCAGGAAGUGAGCGCAAGAUGGCACCCUCCAGCGUGGGCGAGGAAGAGGCCGCGGACAGCGCGACGAACAAGAGGGAGAAGUCCGGCAAGAACAGGGAGGUGAGGGAGAAGGACAAGGAGAAGAGCGAAAAGGACGACGACAAGGACGACGACAAGGACAAGGACGACUCGCAGGAGCGCGACAAGGCGCCCACGGCCUUCGAGAAGCUGUGCGACAAGCUCAACGUCAACCCCAACCUGGUGAUGCUCAAGGUCACCCUGUUCAUGAUGUACGGUGCCACCGCGUCCCUGCUGCCCUACCUCACCAUCCACAUGCAGAGCAUCGGGCUGACGGUGGAGGAGAUCGCCAUCGUGUACCUCGCGCUGCCCCUCACCACCUUCCUCAGCCCGCCAGUCACAGGCUUCCUGGUGGACAAGAUGGGCAACUACAAGCCGGUGGUGAUCCUGACGCUGGUGCUGAACGCCGCCUUCCACCACUCGCUGCUCCUCAUCCCCGCCAUGGAGACCCCCGGCGUGAUGCCGCCCGCCUACGUGAUGCGGCACCCCGUCACGGGCAAGGUGGACGUGUGGUGGUCGCCGUGCCCCAGCCGCGAGUGCCCCGACGACGAGGAGCUGGACCUGGUGCUGGACGACUGCCUGGACCACUGCCUGCUGCUGGAGGGCCCGCAGGAGCCGCCCAAGAAGAAGACGUUCCUGCAGGAGAUCCACCAGGGCAUCGCCGUGCGCCCGCCCACCCUGCUGCCCGAGGAGAAGGCGACCAAGGAGGACGCCAGCAAGGUGGUGCUGGGCAUCAAGGGCCCCGGCGGGCCCAACGACGGCCUCAACUUCACGUCCAAGCCCAAGAAGACCAAGAAGGGCACGAACGCCACCGGCGUGGUGCUGACCGCCGCCACCACGUCGACGACGUCGACCCCCAAAAGCCCGGUCACGGACACGCCCGACGAGCCCAGCGAGCCCGUGUACGUCAUUAUCGAGAUGCACCCCGACCUCAUGGACCCGAUAGAGCAGCUAGGGAUGGAGAUGCAGCCCGACGAGAACGAGACGGUCAACGACUUCACGGCGCACUUCAGCCAGCGGCUGAUGGAGGACGCCGGCGUCAACUACACCGCGCUGCUCAAGGAGGACCUGCGCUGCGGCGGCGCCGUGCUCGCCACCAACCUCACCUACAAGACGCUCACCGAGCUGGCCGCGGACUGCAUGCUGCAGAAGUGCUUCUUCCGGGAGGGCGGCCCGGACAUGUGCCCGCCCGACUUCCAGGAGAGCGACGACCGCAUCUUCUGGAUCUACUUCCUGCUGCGGUUCGUGGCCACCAUCAUGCUGUCGGCGGGGGUCACGAUGCUGGACCCCAUCGCGCUCACCAUGAUCCAGCAGUACGGCGGCCAGUUCGGGCGCGAGCGCCUCUUCUCGUCCGUGGGCAUGGCCAUCUUCUCGCCGCUGUGCGGCCUGCUCAUCGACCAGAGCAGCGCGGGCGGCGUCACGGACUACUCGUCCGCCUUCUACACGUACGACGUGCUGCUGCUGGUGUCGUGCGUCACGCUCGCCCUCAUGCCCAUCGGCGGCAACGUGCCCGCCGAGAACAUCAUGAAGGACCUGCUGCGCCUGCUGCGCAUGCCGCACGUCAUGUGCUUCAUCCUGUUCCUCUUCGCGCUGGGCAACUUCUGGGGCUUCAUCGAGAGCUUCCUGUUCCUGUACCUCAAGGAGCUGGGCGCGCCCAACUACGUGCUCGGCAUCACGGUCACGGUGGGCACGCUCAGCAGCAUCCCGUUCCUGUACGGCGCCGAGGAGAUCACCAGCAGGUUCGGCCACGUCAACGUCAUCGUCCUGGCCUUCUUCUCCCACGCGGCCAGGCUCAUGGGCUACUCGUUCAUCGAGACGGCGUGGUGGUGCUUCCCGUUCGAGGCCAUCGAGUCCCUGGCGGUGCACCUCAUGUGGGUGGCGGCCGCCACCUACUGCAGCAUCCUGGCGCCCAAGACGCUCCUCGCCACCCUCAUCGGCGUGCUCGGCAUGGCGCACUUCAGCCUAGGUCGGGGCUUCGGGUCCUUCCUGGGCGGGCUGCUCAUCGGGUCGUACGGCACGAGGAAGGCCUUCAGGAUCAUGGGGCUGCUGGCGUGCGCGGGCGGCACCCUCUACGGGCUGCUGCACCUGCUGUGGCUCAAGAAGUACGACAAGGUGGAGAAGGACGUCGAGGACGGCGAGGUGGACCGCCUCAACGGCGGCGCUGGCGACGACGACGCGGAGGCCGACGAGGAGGAGGAGAACAACACCAAGAUGUCCAUCGAGCGGCUCAGCCUCAUGAUCCAGUUCAACAUGCGCGGCUCGCUCACGUCCUUGGACGGGCUGCGCAGCGCCGCGGGCGGCACCUCGGCGUCGAGGACGGACCUGCGGGGGUCGCGGCCGUCCAUGGACCGGCGGGGCUCCGCGCUGGACUACCGGCCGGGCCGCGGCAGCGUGUCCAGGAUCGACCUUCGCAAGUCCGCCAUCGAGAUCAACCACCUGCAGGCCGUGCAGGCCACCCUGCGCUCCUCCAACCCGCAGCUGCCCAACGCCCCCUCCACCAAGGUGCUCACCCCCCAGGCGCUCCGCAAGAACCAGAGGAACUUGUCCGUGAGCGCGCUGGGCCUCGAGUCCCGGCGCGACUCCAUCCGGGAGGAGGAGGAGCAUGACCGGGAGGACAGGGAGGCCGCCCUGGCCGCCAGCACCGCACAGGAGGGGAAGGAGGGACUUCAGUAACAACUCUGCCCCUUUCAAAUGCAGCUCUUUAUUGACAAUCAAAGUAUCAAUAAAUACCGCCAUGCAAGCCAUCAGCAAACAUUCAAUAAACAACACAAUAACACAGUCUGCUGCCGCGCUCCAGUACACCUUCUUCAAAACCUCAAGCUACAUCCUCCUUUUUUUUACACUCUUUGAGCCUAAUUUCUGUACAAAUAAAGUAUUAAAAUCUAAGUC